UUGUAAGUCACACAAAACGUUCACAACUCAUCGAGUACAAGUGUAUUCACAAAGCAAAAUAAAAAUACAAAGAAUUUUAAAUAAAUUUUUGAAGUUUAAAAACAGUUAUAACAGAAAUUCUCUCCAUAUACAAGAUGUCAUCCCAUAUUAUUGCAACACUCAUCAUCUCCUCCGUGCUCUUGGCCAUUUUUGGAAUGGGACAAACUUCAAGCGUUUCCAUGGCUCCACUUUGUGAACCUGGUAUUAUUGAUGAAAUGCCACAACACAUCAAGAAAGUGUGUCUUGCUUUGGAAAACUCUGAUCAAUUGUCAAGUGCGUUGAGGGCUUACAUCAAGAAUGAAGCUGCUGCUCUCAUGUCAAAAACUGAUGAUCUUGUCCCAUUGAACUAUGGCAAGCGAACAGAUGUGGAUCAUGUGUUUUUGCGAUUCGGCAAAAGGCGUUAAGCUUAUAUAAAACAAACAAACAAAAAAGGAGAAAAAUGUUAAAUGACUGUUUAAAAGAUUUUUGCAAAAAUGUAUUUCCUCUAAGCCUGAUAAAAUGAGAAAAAAUCACAAAAAAAAAAUACAAAAAAAAAAAA